UAUUGUACUUUUCAAGCGUGCCUACUCUUACAAACUGUGUGUCAGAGGCUCUGCUUACUACCGUGUCCCCGAAUACUACGUUCGGAAAAGUGGUGUUGAUUACCGGAACAAUUUGGGUCGGAUAACUGCCUGCAUUUAAGCAAACUAGCCACAAGCCUUCUAACGGCAGCACUAAGCUGUGAUCUCACACCAGAGGAAAAAAGUGAAAUACAAUGGAGGAGCGUACCGGAACGGAACGAGUCUACGGUGGCUGCGAAGGACCCGAUGCCAUGUAUGUGAAGCUUAUCUCGUCCGACGGCCACGAGUUUAUCGUGAAACGGGAACAUGCACUCACCUCCGGCACGAUCAAAGCGAUGCUUUCGGGACCCGGCCAGUUUGCCGAAAAUGAAGCCAAUGAAGUAAACUUCCGAGAAAUCCCGUCACACGUUCUUGAAAAAGUAUGCAUGUACUUCACGUACAAGGUACGCUACACAAACAGCUCUACAGAAAUACCGGAAUUUCCAAUUGCACCCGAGAUCGCUCUAGAACUGCUGAUGGCCGCCAAUUUCCUCGACUGUUAGAGCAUGCACGGGAUAUGAAUCACUCCAUCUCUCGUUGGAGGAAAAACCCCCGAAAACGGGAGUAAAAAACAUUUUCUUUGUACAAUAGUGGGCCAGAACCUUCCGAUCAUCAGCAAAAUUAAUUCACCUUAGGAAGGCUUUCACUAUCGUAGGAAACAAAGAAAACUUCUGGGCAAAACAGAUCACCCAAGCCUUUUGGUAGUUCGUAAUGAAAAAAGAGAAUGCAGAACGAGUGCGGUCGUGAGCAGAUACGAUCCGGAACCGUGUCUCUAAGUAGGCGACGGUAGCCAUUUUUGUUUCUUGUUUUUCUACAAUACUCCUUCAUCGUAGCAGCCGGUGAUUCUAGGUCAAUCAUACUCCCGGGAUAUAGCUAUGGGCAACCCUUUUUUUGUUCUUUACGGUGUUGGUAUUUAUAGUGUGCGGAUUGUGGGAUGGUUAUUAACGUAAUUUCAAAACCCUACCGUUUAUUUCAAAACUAUUGGCAAAGGAAUGGCUGGCAGGUGACACUGGUAUUGAAAUAUUUGCUCCCGAAUUAGUGUAUCGAAUUACCUUGUUUGUAGUGAUUAUUAUUUUGUUUUUGUACUGCAAUUUCAAAACAGACUAUGCAAACCGUGUCCGUGACGACGACGACAUUUUAUUUGUUAGUUU